UCUCUCACUCUUUUGUUUUUUAUAUCCUUCAUUUUCGUCUUCUUCUUCUCCUCCCACCUCUUUUGAAAAUUGAAAAUCAUGCCGUCGUCGGUGAAGCGGGAACGUUAUUCAGCACUCGAACACCGGUCACCGGAAAAGAAACCGAGACUGUAUUAUCUUCCUCGUUCACUAUCUCCGAUCAACUCUCAUCGCGUCGUUCUAAACCCUGCCGAUUGUGAUCUAGAUUUUGAUAUCGAAGGAAAUGGCCUCCAAGGUUCUGCACUUUAUGAGCACGGAUUUGCUUAUUGCUGGUCCGGCACCCGGGCCAAUGUAGGUAUAACCGGAGGGAAGUAUUGCUUUAGCUGCAAAAUAGUAUCGGGACAGCCCGUUGACAUGGACGACACUCCCAUUGGUCAAAAACACCUCUGUCGCAUCGGCAUGUCUACGGUGGAUGACAAGGUAGGAAACCUCGGUGAAACCGAACACAGCUUCGGGUUUGGAGGAACGGGAAAGUUUUCCAAUUCCGGAAAGUUUUCCACUUAUGGCGAGAGUUUUGACAUUGGGGACACGAUUCUUUGUGCUGUUGAUUUGGAAAGUGGACCAAUGGGUUCUAUCGGUUUUGCCAAGAAUGGAAAAUGGCUUGGUACUGCGAGCCGUUUGGUUAACGGUGGGCCGGCUGUUUUCCCACAUGUUCUUUUGAAAAAUGUUGUGGUUCAGUUGCAGUUUAGCUAUGAAGAUGGUUUGGUUCCACAAGAUGGGUAUAGACCGUGGUCGUGUGCGUUUGCGGAUGGAAACGGUUUGAUGGGACCUUCGUUUUCUGAUGAACGGAACUGUGAGUUAAUCAUGAUGGUUGGCUUACCUGCUUCUGGGAAGACUACUUGGGCCGAAAGAUGGGUCAAUGACCACCCCGAAAAACGAUAUAUUCUGCUUGGAACAAAUUUGGUUCUCGAUCAAAUGAAGGUUCCUGGUCUGCUUCGCAAGCAAAACUACGGUGAGCGUUUUGAUCGCUUAAUGGACCGUGCAACUGCAAUAUUUAAUACCCUGUUAGCCAGGGCUUCCAAAAGACCGUGUAACUUAAUUAUAGACCAGACAAAUGUCUACAAGAGUGCGCGUAAGCGCAAAUUGGCUCCUUUUACUAACUUUCAGAAGAUUGCAGUUGUAGCUUUCUCUCGGCCCGAAGAUCUCAAAGCUCGCAGUGAGCAAAGAUGUAGGGAAACAGGAAAGGAGGUUCCUGCUGAAGCUAUCAAUAAAAUGAUAGCAAAUUUUGUUUUGCCUGGAAGCAAGGAUAUGCCUGGGACAGAUGAGUGUUUUGAUCAGGUCAUAUACAUCGAACUCAACAUGACCGAGUCAAAGAAGUGUUUGGAUGAAAUGAAAGCAAAAUUGCAAUCUGGCUUGACGUAUCAUCAUCCUCUAGAGAGUCCUACACAUUUAUGUCAUCCAACUUCAGGGCAUUCCGACACCUCCAAAUUACAAUAUCGAACGAUUCCAUCGGGUGGACACUUGCAAGACAGAAUUCUUUCUAGGGAUGAUUUAAAUCAUCGUCGUAGUUACAAUGGAUAUGAGCACAGAGCAGUGGCUCCGGUUGCCAUGUCCAACUUUUAUCAGAGAAACUCAUCUAACCAUACUCCCACUAAUGAAAACAUGGAUUUAUCUCCUCAGUACACUGCAAACGCAAAUUACCAUGCUGCCUAUACUACUACAAGUUCUUCAUCUCUGUAUGGUGCCUAUGGUGGACCGUCUUUUGUCCCCCAAGUUGAUAUGCACACUCCCUUUCUAUCCCCAGUUACGUCAAUUCCGCAUGGUUCAAUAUAUGGAGCUCCUGAUCCAAUGAAGUCAUAUGGACAUAACACCUCGCAUGCACCAAAUUAUAACCAAUAUCAGCCUCGGUCAAGCUACUACUACUGAGGAUUUAGCAUCGGUUUUCGCUUAAUCAUAUUUUGCAUAUGUAUCUAUUUAAGUUGACGAUCCUUCUGUUCACAAGAGAGAAGGAGAUUGUUGAUCUACAUGGUGAUUUCUAUGAGAUGGGAAAAACUAGUUGCAUAAAUGAUAUCGUGUCUCCAACAAUCGUUCUAAUCCUUUAA